AUGGAUCCAAAUCAAGAUAUGAGUAAUAUGUCAGCUGAAGAGGUUAGAGAUCAAGUAAACAAGAUUAGAAUGGAGAUGUUUCUAGAUAGAGACAAGAACAAGUUUGCAGUGAUCCCUUUUAUCAAACAAAUAGCACCGGUCAAUGAAAUGCAAGACUUGAUCAUGAAUAGCUGUGUCACUCAUUCAGUUAGAGGAGGUGUCAUGGGUGGUGCAAUGGGUUUCAUGUUUGGUGCAUUGUUCUCUGCCAACUCGGGUUGGGUCGAGCCACCACUCGGUCAACCUACUCCAUUGUGGAAGCAAGUCAUCGAAGGUUUCAAAGAACAAGGAAAGAGUGGUGUUAGAAGUGCAAAGGCUAUGGCUGUCAUCACUCUCAUGUAUACAGGUGUUGAAUGUGUUGUAGAAAAGGCUAGAGGUAGAUCUGAUAGAUUAAACUCGGUUUAUGCUGGUUGUGCUACUGGUGCUGUCUUGGCUGGUAAAGCUGGUCCAAAAGCUGCAGUUGGUGGAUGUAUAGGUUUUGCAAUGUUUGGUGUAGUAAUGGAUCAUUUCAUGGGUGGACAUGAAUAG